GACUUCAGCUACAUAAAAGCAACAAGCAGCAAUAGGCAGUCCAGUUUAGAGGAAACCUACAAGGGAGUGUUGUCAGAAGCCGAGUCUGCUGUUAAAAAUGUGCAAGUAAAUGGUAGCUAACAUUAGAUAGGUAACAACAAAAGCUAACGUUAGCUAGACAUCAGUUUGCUAUUCCUUACUUAAACUAGGUAGCUGACCGGUGAGGCUGACACAUCCGCAUAAAAGGGAUGUGCAAUGGCAUCGGUGCGAGUGGCUGUCCGGGUGAGGCCCAUGAACAGACGAGAGAAGGAUUUGGAAGCCAAGGUCAUUAUUCAUAUGGAAGGAACCAAAACAUCCAUUACCAACCUUAAGAUACCGGAGGGGAUCUCUGGGGAUUCAGCACGAGAAAGAAUCAAGACGUUCACGUAUGACUUCUCCUACGACUCCGCUGAUUGUAAAAGCAUCAGCUUUGUUUCUCAGGAAAAGGUAUUUAAAGACCUGGGCUCCGAUGUCCUAAAGGCUGCUUUCGAAGGUUACAAUGCCUGCAUUUUUGCCUACGGCCAGACGGGGUCCGGGAAGUCGUACACCAUGAUGGGAAACCCAGGGGAUGCAGGGCUGAUCCCCCGCAUAUGCGAGGGCCUGUUCAGCCGGAUUGCGGGUAUGACGCUGCGGGAUGAGGCCUCCUUCCGCACCGAGGUCAGCUACCUGGAGAUCUACAAUGAGCGUGUCAGGGAUCUGCUCAGGAGGAAAUCCACCAAAACCUUCAACCUUCGAGUGAGAGAACACCCAAAGGAUGGACCGUAUGUGGAGGACCUGUCGAAGCACCUGGUACAGAACUACAGCGACGUAGAGGAGCUGAUGGAGGCGGGGAACAUCAACCGUACCACAGCCAGCACCGGCAUGAACGACGUCAGCAGCCGCUCGCACGCCAUCUUCACCAUCAACUUCACUCAGGCCAAAUUUGAUGCGGAGAUGCCGUGCGAGACGGUCAGCAAGAUCCACCUGGUGGACCUGGCCGGCAGCGAGAGGGCGGAUGCCACUGGUGCCACCGGCGUGAGGCUGAAAGAAGGAGGCAACAUCAAUAAAUCUCUGGUCACACUUGGCAAUGUCAUCUCCGCAUUAGCUGACCUGUCUCAGGAUGGCAUGACCACGCAGCUUAAGAAGAAGCAGGUUUUUGUGCCUUACAGAGACUCUGUGUUAACAUGGCUCUUAAAAGACAGCCUCGGUGGCAACUCGAAGACCAUCAUGAUUGCAACCGUCUCGCCUGCUGACGUCAACUAUGGGGAAACUCUUAGCACGCUCCGUUAUGCGAACCGAGCCAAAAACAUCAUCAACAAGCCCACGAUCAACGAGGACUCCAACGUCAAGCUCAUCCGCGAGCUGAGGGCAGAAAUCGCCCGUCUGAAAGCACUGCUGGUCCAGGGCAAUCAGAUCGCACUUCUCGACUCUCCCACAGCUUUGAGCAUGGAGGAGAAGCUCCAUCAGAAUGAAGCCAGGGUCUUAGAGCUGACGAAAGAAUGGACAAACAAGUGGAAUGAAACUCAGAACAUACUGAAGGAAGAAACCCUUGCCCUCAGAAAGGAAGGGAUUGGAGUGGUUCUGGACUCGGAGUUGCCCCACCUCAUUGGCAUUGAUGAUGACCUCCUCAGUACAGGGAUCAUUCUCUACCAUUUAAAAGAGGGAAAAACGUACGUAGGCCGUGAUGAUGCCACUGGUGAACAGGACAUUGUCCUGCACGGUCUCGAUCUAGAAAGCGAGCACUGCGUGUUUGAGAACGUGAACGGAACUGUGACCCUCAUCCCCCUCAGCGGAGCUCAGUGCUCUGUCAACGGAGUGCAAGUCAUGGCACCGUCCCAGCUCAACCAAGGUGCUGUCAUACUGCUCGGGAGAACAAACAUGUUCCGAUUCAACCACCCCAAAGAAGCAGCUAAACUGAGGGAAAAGCGGAAGAGUGGGCUACUCUCAUCCUUCAGCCUCUCCAUGACCGACCUCUCCAAGUCCUGCGAGAACCUCUCAGCUGUGAUGUUGUACAACCCCGGGCUGGAGUUUGAAAGACAACAGCGAGAAGAACUAGAAAAGCUGGAACAUAAACGGAAGCUGAUUAAGGAGAUGGAGGAGAAGCAGAAGUGCGAGAAGGCCGAGCUGGAGCGCAUGCAGCAGGAGGUGGAGUCGCAGCGCAAGGAGUCGGAGCAGGUGCAGCUGCGCAUCCGCAAGCAGGAGGAGAGCCUGACGCUGCGCAGCCAGGACAUCGAGAGCCGCCUGCGGGACCUGCUGGCCGAGAAGGAGCGCUUCGAGGAGGAGCGCCUGCGCGACCAGCAGGAGCUGGAGCAGCAGAAGAGGCGGCAGGAGGAGGAGCUGCACCGGCGCACGCGGCGGGAGCAGGAGCGCCUCCAGGAGGCGCACCAGAAGGAGCGCGCCGAGAAGAUGGAGAUCUUCCGCGAGCUGGAGAAGCUGCGGCGGGAGCGCGAGGAGCAGGCGGUGAAGCUGGAGCUGGAGAAGAGGCGGCUGGAGGAGCAGGAGCGCGAGCAGCUGACGCUGGUGGGCCGCCUGGAGGAGCAGCUCCGCGAGAAGCACGAGAUGAUGGGCCUGCUGAAGAGGGACGACGCGCAGCGGGUGGAGGAGGAGAAGGCGGCCCUGGAGGACAUCCGCGAGGUCCUGCUGAAGGCCAAGGAGGCGCGGCCGGACGGCGACGAGGAGCACGAGGCGGUGCGCUCCGCCAUGGGCCGCUACACGGACUUCAAGGCGGCGCAGCUGGAGCGGCUGGAGCAGCUGCAGGACGGGCUGCUGCAGCAGAAGGAGCACCUGGAGUGGGACGUGUCCAGCGAGCGCAAGGCCCUGGCGCUCAUGCUGCGCACCUGCGGGGAGCACCGGAAGCAGGCGAAGGACGCCCCGGAGAAGGGCGCGGCGGACGCCGCCGCCGCCGCCCAGGAGAAGGAGCGCAUCCGGCAGGCCGAGCAGUGGCUGCAGUUCCGGGAGCGCCAGCUGGCCUGCCUCACCCAGACCCACCUGCCCGCGGUGGUGGAGGAGAGGCAGCGGGCCGCUGAGCUGCUGGAGAAGGGCCCCCCGGGGCUGGACAACACGCUGUACCAGGUGGAGAAGGAGAUCGAGGAGAAGGAGGAGCAGCUCUCGCUCUACUGCGCCAGCGCCGACCAGCUGCAGCAGCUGCAGGAGACCUACGAGUUCACCGCCAACGUGGCGCGGCAGGAGGAGAAGGUGCGGCGCAAGGAGAAGGAGAUCCUGGAGUCGCGGGAGAAGCAGCAGCGGGAGGCGCUGGAGCAGGCCGUGGCCAAGCUGGAGAGGAGGCACUCGGCGCACCUCCGCCGCAGCUCCACCAUCGAGCUGGAGAUCGAGGAGCAGAGGCGCAGACUGUCCCUCCUCAGCCGGACGCAGGCCGCCCUGCAGCCCUGCGAGGAGACGGAGCCCGGAGCUCUGGAGCAGGACAGAGAGAGGUUGGCGCUGGAGAUCCAGGAGCUGAAGCAGAGGCUGAGCGAGGGCGAGGGCAGCGGGAGGGGGCACUGCGCCGCCGCGGACGACAAGUCCAGCCACGGCAGCUCGCCGGUCAGCCCCCGGCAGAGCUUAACGGGGGUGCUGCCCCUCGCGGACGACAGGAUAAAUGCGUACAUCGAAGAGGAAGUGCAGAGAAGGUUGCAGAAGAUGAAUCUUUUCAAUGGGGACAGCAACAUUGAGCUGUCAUUUUCGACCGAAUCCCUGAGAGAAGAUGAAACAUCUCAAAGCGGGGCAGAUCUAAGGAAACUGAAAUAUAAGCGGCUUGUAUCCCGCUCCCUGGGACCCAUCACUAACAGCCCGAAGGACCCAGUUAAAAUUGGCAUUCCACGAUACGUUCUGCGGGGGCAGGGGAAAGAUGAGCACUACGAGUUCGAAGUAAAGAUCACAGUCCUGGAUGAAACAUGGACAGUGUUUAGGAGGUACAGCCGCUUUCGGGAAAUGCACAAAACGCUCAAAUUGAAAUAUCCGGAGCUCGCCACCUUGGACUUCCCUCCAAAAAAACUGUUUGGAAAUAGAGAUGAGAGGAUGGUGGCUGAAAGACGGACUCACUUGGAGAGGUACCUCAGGAACUUUUUUCGGGUGAUGCUGAACUCCUCGUCCUCCCCUCUGCAUGCAGAAAAGACUGGGCUUCAGCUCUCCAAGCACGCGAUAUGUGAGUUCUCCCCGUUCUUCAAGAAGGGAGUGUUCGACUACAGCAGCCAUGGGACGGGCUGAGCCCUGCCACAGAGAGUCAGCCGGGGGCAGCUCACAGAACCACGAGAGGGCCAACCGAGUAGAUUAAAAAAAAAAGAAAAGAAAAAGCAACCAGUGCCUUGCCUCUCAUGGUUCAGGACUCCAGCAUGCAACUGCGCGGCACAGCGCAGGACUUCAGAGAGCCGUGACUGUUGUUUAGGCUUCUUCGCCUCCCCUGACUCUCUGGACCCGCACUAAUCCGUACAAACCCAGUCCCGACCCGCUCGACCUGCAAAUGCCUGCUCCCCUUACACAAAAACCGCUGAUAGCUGCUGCGCUGUCAAGGCGUGAAAAGACAAGGCACUGCUGAGGCGCCGCGCUCUGCGCUUUUGUUUGUCCGACUGUCAGUGUCCGACGUCAAGAUUACAGCGUCGUGCACCUGUGUCCAGCGUCUGUCAUGCACCCUGCUCGGCUCCACCAACGAACGGGUUGUAAGUUGCUGGCCGCUGCGCCGUUCGGCCCCUCUGGCUCUCGGCACGCAUUCCGAGAGACUCCCGGCCUCUCGUUCCCUCCAUGCCUCUGGGGCAAAAAAAAAAAAAAAAAACCGAGAAGGUGCAGCCUUCAGGAUUGAAAACAAAAUAGUCAGGCGCACUGUUCACAAGAAAUGUGUUGCUUUCUGCAGCUCAAGUGGCUCAGGCGAAGAGUCAUCAGAGAUUUUUACAUAGUGUACAGUCAAGUAAAUUAGUUAUGAAAUGGGCCCGAACUAAAGCCCAGAACAAGCAAUUAAAAGCAGAGCGCAUCCGAGAGUAGCAAAUAGACCGCGCUGCAAAGUUCAGACCGGCACCCAAGUUAAUCAGCCAUAGUUUUCAAUUAUGUCAAACCGCUGUGCGCCACAUUUUUUUUUUUAACUUCACUUCCUCUCCUCCUCCACCAUAAACCCAUAAACUGGAAAUGACCCUCUGAAGUCGUGAAUUAGAGUAAUAUUCACUUGCAUUUUUAAUGUGGUGCUGUUCUCUGUGGCACCUCUCGCUGUCUCCCUGCUUCAGUAAUGCGUACCGGAGACUGUCUUGCGCCUGUUACUAAGGCAACUGACCCUGAAUGCAGUAGAGCAUCCCACAGCUGUCGGCUGGUAAAAGAAGAGGUGAAAUCCAAAAGACGCCUGCUGUGUACUGAAGCUGUCAGGUUUACCACCCCCCACCCCCC